CCACCCUAAUCCACCCACUUCAAAGAUACAAUUCCAAAAAUAGUAUUCAAACUUAAAUACUACACUGACUGUAUCGAUCGAUGAAGAUUUGAUUCUCAACCAGCUCAUUUUUGUACUUCUCUUAUACCACCAGGGGUCCAACUUUCUCAAUCCAUCUGAGCUCUCUUCCUCACGCUUCCUUCCAAAACCGUCGUGUUGAGAUCACUGAAUCCUUUCAUCUAAUCCCAUUCUCAUUCUCAGAUUCAAACUCAAAGAGAUGUCCACACCAACUAAUUCCACUUCUUCUACUAAAGUUGCUGCUCAAUCUCUUCUUGACCCGAAUCACAAGAAUCCAUUUGAAUUCGAUUCCACUGAUCCGCUAGUCCUAUUCAUCAUCCAAGCGGUCAUCAUCAUCACACUUAGCAAUGUACUUGGCUUCUUCUUCAAGAGGAUUCGUCAACCCAAAGUUAUCUCUGAAGUCAUCGGGGGUAUCAUCCUCGGGCCGACGGCAAUGGGUAGAAUCCCUAAUUUUACCAAUACCAUCUUCCCUGCUAUCUCACUACCCUAUCUCUCGCUCGUAGCAAAUAUUGGACUUGUACUGUUCCUCUUCAUCGUUGGCCUAGAGGUGGACUUCAAGUUGAUGCUUAAGAACUGGCGCUCAGCUACGGGAGUCGGGUUGGUCGGGCUUAUCGUGCCCUUUGCUGUCGGUGCCGCCGUUGCCAAAGGUCUCUAUGGACGUUUUGUGGAUUCGAGCGUCGUCAGCUUCAGUCAUUUUCUUCUCUUCAUCUGUGUCGCUUUCGCCAUCACUGCUUUUCCGGUACUGUGUCGGAUUCUUACCGACUUGAAGUUACUUCAAAACCAUGUUGGUAUCUCCACCCUUGCUGCAGGUGUUGCAAAUGAUGUCAUCGGUUGGGUCCUUCUUGCUCUCGCCGUCACCCUCGUCAAUUCUGGGGCAGGUAUCACUGCUCUAUAUGUGAUGCUGGUUGUCUUCGGUUGGGCUCUCUUCCUCGUCUUUAUCGUCCGUCCAGUUUUCAUUGUCAUUGCUCGUCGAUCGGGCAGCUUUGAGGGCGGUCCGACCCCAGGCAUCACCUGUCUCGUACUGCUGAUGACUUUUGGUUCGGCUUGGUUCACCCAAGUUAUCGGAGUUCAUGCUAUCUUUGGCGGUUUCCUUAUCGGCGUUAUAAUGCCUCACGAUGGGGGCUUUGCCAGCGUUUUGGCUUCCAAGAUUGAGGAUCUCGUGACUGUCUUUUUCCUGCCCCUGUAUUUUACACUGUCGGGACUCUCGACAGAUUUGGGCAAGUUGAAUGAUGCUUCUAUUUGGGGCUGGACUAUAUGCGUGCUGAUUACAGCACAAGUGUCGAAAUUCGUUCCUUGCUUCGCAAUGGCAUUGUGGAGUGGAAUGGAUUGGCGAGAGAGUGGUGCGGUUGGCAGUUUGAUGGCCUGCAAAGGGUUGGUAGAGCUCAUUGUCUUGAACAUUGCUCUCAAAGCCGGAGUCCUUAACCCUCCCAUUUUUGCGAUGUUUGUAUUGAUGGCGGUGGUAACUACCUUUGUGACAACUCCUCUCUGUCUUGCUUUUUACCCCGAAUCUUAUCGGGAGAAGAAGGAACUCGCCAAACUCGCAGGACAGCGCUCACUCACUAUGGGCCUCAAGCCGAGCGAUUCCGACGCUGACACGGACGUACGCUCAAACAUCUUGGUUGUACUCAAUCGUCUAGAGCAAUUACCAAGCAUCAUGGCCUUCGUGAAGCUUCUCCAGCCGUCUACUAAGCCUGGAUGGUCUGCAAGACCUCACAAGGCUUCAUUUCCCGGAGCUUCUUCUGUAUCCGAAAAGGCUAUCGGUAUGGCGGCAGGAGAUGAUAAAUAUUCUACGGAUGUAUCCGAGGUCGCCCCGGCCGUUCCAACUGUGCCCCAGGCUUCCACGCAACUAUCAGUACUCAGAUUGCUCGAACUCAGUGAACGUACCUCGGAUGUCAUGAAGGCUAGCGAAAGUGAAGAAACGGCAAAAUACGAUGGAUUAUUGAACGUCUUCAAGACUUUCGCCAAUCUUAGUGGAAUUGAGGUUGCACAAGCAAAGAUGUCGAUUAUCCCGGAGGACAGUUUUGUGAAGGAGAUUGCUCAAACGGUCGAUCAUGUCGGAUCUCAACUUCUUCUAUUACCUUGGUACCUCGAUUGCAACGGGAGCCCUCAGACUGCUAGCUUCAGUUCCAACCCCAUCGAGAACAUGCUGUCGGGUAAACUCGAAGGCUCCCCGCUUUACGCUGCACUCGUCCGUGCUGUCUUUGCUGAAUCGGCGUGUGACGUGGGACUUUGGAUCGACCAAGGCACCUGUGCCGGCUUACCUCUCCACUCCAGCCAUCACACCCACCUUUUCUUUGGUUUUAUGGGCGGGCCUGAUGAUCGAGCUACCCUCCGACUUUUGGUACAGUUCUGCCAUCAACCUACUGUGACGGCCACGGUUGUCAGGGUAUUUCGGGCGGCCGAGCCAACUUCGGAGGACAAUCCAGAACUUGCCAAUCGAGUCAUGGCAGAGGAUGUGACACACAGUCGUCGGCUGAACGAAUUGACUAUGCAUGCUGGUGUGACAUCAAACGAUACGGUUUACGGUAACACCACCGCGGCGGGACGACUUCAGUCUGAAACGGCCGAUAAUCUCCUUUGGCACAGUUACUUCGGUCCUGAGUCUGAGCAGACCGACGGUACUCAACGACACAGAAGCUCAAGCCGAAUUGAGGCCCUAAGUAGGAUCACAUCCGAGACGGUCUCCAGUGCAGUUCCCUUGCACACAAUCAUGAAACGUGCACAGAAGACCGUGGCAGGUUCGUCAAGCUCAGUGAUAGUGAUGACAGGUCGAUCAAGGCGAGGAAAAGACAGUCAUACAGCCGAGUUGAGUCAAUUCCUGAAAUCGAAGAUGGAGGAAAAGAGCGAGUCCAGGGACAGCCCGACAUCGGAGGUUACGCCUGUUGUUCAGCAACUCGGGGUGAUUGCUUCUUCCGAAGUUCGAAAGAGUCUAGGGGAUGUAGCCAGCGGAUUGAUGGCAAGUGGAUUAGGAGUCAAUAUGUUGGUAAUACAGGCAGCAGUUGGCAAGUCGAAUCAAUUAGAUGAAAGAAGGCCUAGUCUGUUGACCGGGUUCUUUGGAGGCGGAAAAACAUCCACUCAUGAUCAUGAUGAAAAGGUCGCAUGAACGAUUUAUAUCACUAUCUUUUCUCUUCAUCUUUUGGGUUUUUGUGAUCUUUCUUUGGGGUGAUAAUGCCCAUGUUGCAGCGGCAGAGUGUGGUGGCGGAUGGACACAUCAAUUAUGAUGCAGUUCCUUUUCAGAACAAUAUAUCAGUACUAUGUGUAAAACAGUUCCAAGGAUUGAAAAAGUCUUAGCAAUUUUUUGUCUGUGUUUUUAAGCGACUUCUUUUUCUCUGUUUCUUUUUUGAUUAUUUGGCUUGCAAAAAUUAGGAUAGCAAUUUUCUCUCUAUCUCUCUAUUAAACUAGUCUUCUUUUUGCUUAGUGUUUAUUCUUAUGUCUCAUUUUUUUUUUGAGAAAUUGAACAAAUCUUUUUUGUUUGUUUUGCACGUUUCUGAUGUAAGUAAUAUCUGAUUUAAUGCAAAUGAAACCCUGGAGAUGGCACAUUCAU